CUCUCUCUCUCUCUCUCUCUCUCUCUCUCUCUCCCCAUCCAUGGCGGGGAAACACUUCCCAUUCGGAAACCCUAGAUCCGCCGCCUCUUUCCCCUCCUCCUCCACCUUCCUCAUCGCCUCCCUCUCCCUUCUCGCCCUCGCCUCCCUCUUCUUCCUCUCCUCCUCAUUCUCCCGCUGCGCCUCCGACCCCGGCCCCCCCAUUUCCCUCUCUCGGCGUAACUCUAACCCUAGCUCUAACCCUCCUGAAUACUCCUUCCUCGCCUCCCUCGACAAGUUCCUCGUCACCGCGGCCCCGGCCGCGGCGGACGCGGCGGACGGCGGGGAUUCCGCCGUGGGGGCGCUCGACGACGCGAUCUGGGCGAAGGAGACGGAGAGGCUCUACGGCGAUCCAUCCGAUCCGUGCUCGGCGUCGUCGGUGCUCCGGGUUUAUGUGUACGAGAUGCCCCCCAAGUUCACCUACGAUCUGCUGCGGCUCUUUAGGGAUUCAUAUAAGGAGACCACCAAUUUGACGUCCAAUGGGAGCCCCGUGCAUCGCCUCAUCGAACAGCAUUCUAUUGAUUACUGGCUGUGGGCAGAUUUGAUUGCUCCCGAGUCACAGAGACUUUUGAAGAAUGUUAUAAGGGUCCAGAAGCAAGAGGAGGCGGAUGUUUUCUACAUACCAUUUUUCACCACGAUUAGCUUCUUCCUGCUCGAGAAACAGCAGUGCAAGGCACUUUACAGGGAGGCUUUGAAGUGGGUGACUGACCAGCCUGCUUGGCAGCGCUCUGGCGGAAGGGAUCAUAUUCUUCCUGUCCAUCAUCCUUGGUCGUUCAAGUCUGUUCGCAGAUUUAUGAAGAAAGCAAUAUGGCUUUUACCUGACAUGGACUCCACUGGGAACUGGUACAAGCCUGGGGAAGUGUGGCUGGAAAAGGACCUUAUCCUUCCAUAUGUUCCAAAUGUGGACUUAUGUGAUGCUCAAUGCUUGUCAGAAACUCAAUCCAAAAAAAGCACACUGCUUUUCUUUCGAGGAAGACUCAAAAGGAAUGCUGGAGGGAAGAUUCGUAGUAAACUUGUGGCAGAACUCCAUGACGUCAAAGGUGUUGUCAUAGAAGAAGGAACUUCUGGGGAAGGGGGGAGAGCAGCAGCUCAGAAUGGCAUGCGCAAAUCUCUCUUUUGCUUGAGCCCAGCUGGAGAUACUCCGUCUUCUGCUCGGCUGUUUGAUGCAAUUGUCAGUGGGUGUAUACCUGUUAUAGUAAGUGACGAAUUGGAGCUUCCUUUUGAAGGAAUACUUGAUUACAGAAAGAUUGCACUGUUUGUUUCAUCAAGUGAUGCUGUUCAACCAGGGUGGCUUGUGAACUAUCUUAAGGGUAUCGAUUCCAAAAGAAUCAGGGAGAUGCAAGCCAACCUUGCUAAGUACUCGAGGCACUUUUUGUAUUCACAUCCUGCUCUGCCUCUUGGAGCAGAGGACCUGACAUGGAGAAUGAUUGCGGGUAAAUUGGUGAACAUAAAGUUGCACACGCGGCGGUCGCAACGAGUCGUGAAAGAGUCGAGGAGCUUAUGCACGUGCGAGUGCAGAGUUGGUAACAUCACAAGGUUACUCUGAGCAAAACUUGAAAAAGCCGUGUGAUACUACUAGCAUCUCUUCUAUUUAGUUGUUUGGUGAUGACGAUGUGGGGAAGGUGAAUCUGGAAAGCCUUUCUGUGCGUUGUAUUUUUCAUUGUGCUGCUUGUAACAAGACGUCUAGUCUUGUUGGCUCCUUGUAGAAAUGCAUUUCUAUAGUUUUCUCUUCUUUUUUUUU